UUUUGAAUCAGCAGGAAUACAUUGUUGUGAAGCCUAGGCUAUAAGAGUGAAAGGAGUGGACUCUUGAUAAUAUUUUUCAGUUUUGUUUUCAGUGAACACUGCUAGGGAAGAGUGCACAGGGAGUUACAUUUUUAUUUCUGACAGUUCAUUAUGGAAAUUGUUACCAUUAUGUAUUCCUCCGGUGGGGAUGAGAAGUUGAGUAGGCCCCCGUGUUCGACAGUUUGUCAGCUGUUCAUCCGUGAUGUAGGUCAGUGAGUUGAGCUGCAAGUUUCCUCUCGGACCUCAUUAUGGUGUAUUCAGGCUUUGCAUGAAGAAGCAGAACUGCGACAGAAGGAUUUUUAUUAUCGUGAUUGUUUUGCUUUUGGACAAUCAGUUCUUAGGAGGUCUGAUCGGGUUUGCCUCGUCCUUGUGUUGCCAUGGCGAUGCGGGAGUUGGUGGAGGCCGAGUGUGGGGGAGCCAAUCCCCUCAUGAAGCUGACCAGUCACAUGACCACGGAGGGGGGAGCAUGGCGUCACCGCUCAACACCUACAAUUCCUCCAACUUCCAUUGAAAUUGCAACUGAAGAAGAGCUGGUGAAUGAGUUCCUUCAGGCGCCCCCUCGCCCCCCACACACAUUUGACAUGGGUCAGCUGUUGGAGGAGAUGCAGCAGAUUGACCAGCAGAGCUACAGGCAAGCUCCACAAAGAGCUCCAGAUGUGGCCGCGUUGGCGCUCUCCGGUGACUGGACGGCCGAGUUCCUCUCCGGUCCGGACUCUGCCUCCGCACCGGGGCUCGUGGCUUUCGGGGAAGCGGCAGAUGCUGAUUGGACAAAAGAAUUUAUCGCUGAGGCUGCAGAUCCGGGGCGCUGGGCGGAGGAGUAUCUGGAGCAGUCAGAGGAGAAGCUGUGGCUUGGAGAUCUGGGAGACAAGGAGAGUGAAUGGACGAAGGAGUAUCAGCCGGGGGAGGAGCUGAGGCAGACAGCCAAUGAGCUUGUCUCAAAGGUCGACGACCCAAAGUUACAAAACUCUGAGUUCCUGCGUUUCAUUAGGCAGAUUGGCGAGGGCAGUGUGACAGUGGAGAACAUGACAGACAAACAGCUCAAAGAUAGAGCUCAGGCGGAGGAGGCUCAGAGCUGGGCCUCCAACCUCAACCAGUUCCUGAUGGAGACGGGGGGAGGGAGUCUCCCCCUGCAGCCUCCAGAGAGUGACGAGAAGACUGAGAAAGUUAAAGCUAAACAAGCUCGGCAGUGGGCAAAGGUCAUCAGGCAGGUGUCACAGGACUCGGCUGAAGCCUGGGUCGAUGAGUUUGCUACUUCAGGGCCGGAUUUCCAGCAAGCUAAAGCUGCAGUGGAGAGUGAUGUGGAUUUCUGGGAGAAGCUGCAGCAGGAGUGGGAGGAGAUGGCGAAGAGAGACGCAGAGAGCCACCCCUGGCUGUCUGACUUCGAUCAGCUGCUCAGCACUUCCUAUGACAAGGGGUAUCAGUUUGAAGAGGAGAACCCGUACUUAUCCCACCCGGACCCUCUGUCAGAGGGGGUGAAGAGGAUGGAGGCGGGAGAUAUCCCCGGUGCCGUACGGUUCUUUGAGAGCGCCGUACAGAAAGAACCAGAAAACCAGCUGGCUUGGCAGUAUCUGGGAACCUGUCAGGCUGAGAACGAGCAGGAGUUUGCUGCCAUCAGCGCCCUCCGCAGAUGUAUAGAGCUGAAGAACGACAACCUGACGGCCCUGAUGGCGCUGGCGGUCAGUUUCACCAACGAGUCGCUGCACAGGCAGGCCUGUGAGACUCUCCGCGAUUGGCUGAAGCACAACCCAAAGUACCACUCUGUGUGGGAGCAGAGCGAGAGCCAACAGCAGUCGGACGGAGCCAGAGAGAGGGAGAAGGAGAGGGAGAAGUUCGGAUCUCUGCUGCCAGAAUCCUUGUUUUCUGAUGUCCAGUCCCUGUUCCUGCAUGCAGCUAACUCGGACCCGGCUCAGGUGGACCCCCAGCUGCAGUGCGGACUCGGAGUGCUCUUCAACCUCAGCGGGGAGUACGAUAAGGCGGUGGACUGUUUCAGCGCCGCUCUCUCUGUCACACCACAGGACUACCUGCUGUGGAAUAAGUUGGGCGCCACCCUGGCUAACGGCAGCCGCUCAGAGGAGGCUGUCGCUGCCUACAGGAGAGCUCUGGAGCUGCAGCCAGGGUUCGUCCGCAGUCGCUACAACCUGGGAAUCAGCUGCGUCAACCUAGGAGCACACAGAGAGGCGGUGGAGCACUUCCUGGAGGCUCUGUCUCUGCAGCGCCAGGCCUCCGUGGACGGAGCGAGAGCAGCAAGGGGACCCGGGGGUGCGGCAGCCACCAUGAUGUCCGACAACAUCUGGUCCACCCUGCGCAUGGCGCUGAGCAUGAUGGGAGAGAGCCCUCUGUACGCCGCCGCCGACCGCCGGGACUUGGACACGUUGCUGGCUCACUUCUGCCAGAGGGAGGUGGAGGGGGGGACUGAAUGAAGGCCCGCUGGGGGGGGGCUCAUCGAGUGUGAGUGUGUCUCGCUAGGAGGGAAAUGUCUGGGAGACUGAAGGAAGCGGUCUAGAAUCUGAGCGGUGACGGAGAAAUGGACGAGGAACACACUGUGAAUCAUCCACCAUCCUGGAGACAGUAUCUCGUGGUUCAUGUGCUCUUAAAGGACUUCCUAUCAAAAACAUUGCAGUAUUAUUCUGGAAGAAGCAGCCAGCUGAACUACAGUCUCGAUACUGUGUUAAACAUGUUGGACGAUCCUCACAUUUCCUCUGACUGUUGAUCUGAAGAAAUGGGUUUGAUUAAAGUCACUUUUGUGGUUGA